AUGAGGGACUCCGGGCUAGACGAGGUGGCUGCCUCCGCCAGCGAUCCCGAUCGGCCUCCCUGUUCCCCUCCUCCCAGCACUACUCCCUUGCAACCUCCGUUCGUAGCGGGAGAAGACAGCGACGACGAUAAGGUCUACAUCGUCCCCUACAGGUAGGGUUGCGUUUAUCUAUGCCAGCUUUACGCAAAUGGAUUGGGGGGGGGCCUCUGCUGGACCGAUCUCUUGCGUCCGGCCAAAUCUGAAGAAUCUGGAUAUAUUCAUUCGUAAUAUGCAAUGUAGUGGAUUUUACUUCUCUCCCUCAUAUUUAUGGAUCAAAGAAGCUAAUCUGCAUCUUCUUCGCCGCAAAUCAGAUGGUUGUGGGAGGCGUGGGAAUCGUCAUCAGCGGGAACGGAUAGUUCGACCGCUGGCAGAGGGAUUCUCUACGCUGCUUCGUCAGUUUCAUCCUCGUACCGCGGUGCAAUGAAGCUCAUCAACAACUUCUUCAGUUCGGAUCUGGUGUUCGGCCUUCGGCGGGAGGAUAAUUCCAAGCACAAUGAGGCUGAGGCCGCGGCGUCCGGUCGCUCCUAUGCGUUGGUUAGGACUGACAUGUGGUCGCGAGCGCUGAGAUGGUAAGCAUCACAGAGAGAGAGAGAGGCCGGGGUGAGGAAAAUAAUUCUUGGGACGCACAUGUUGUUUAUUGUGUAAAACCUUAACUUCAAGUUUUUCUUCACAUAGUGGAACAACAGUCUAGAUUUCUUUAUAAGUGCACGUUUUAGUCGUAAAUUUACAUUUAUAAUGUCGUAGCCAUCAUCUCAGCGGAUUUGUGUUAUUGGGUUGUUUCUGUAAUUUCUUUUAUGGUAUGGGGAGAUGAGGUCAUUAGAGUACUGAGUUUACAGGCUCCAUUUUCAAAAUGCAUGCCCAUUUCUUCAGUCAAUUAUGUAUAGGCAUUCCAACGUGGUCUUACAAGCCUUGAGCUGGUUCCAAUUUAUGACACAAGGCUCUAUAAUGGCAAUAAUGGUUGAUUUAUUAGUCUGCAUCAUUCUUUUCUGCUCUCUAUUGAUUGUUUAUUGCAUUACUUCGAGUACUUUCAAUCCCAAUGUCAUGUCCUACUGCUAGCUUUUUGUCUGUUCUGACUUGAGUUUUAGUUUUUUUUUUCAGUUACUAAUUCUCCAUAUCUCCUCCCUAAAUCUUGUAGGCACCAUGAAUCUAAUGCGGCAAUGAAGGCUGGUGUGAACAUUUUCUCUGUUUGUGAGGACAAUGAAGUUGAUACAUAUGCUUUAAAUUUGAGGAUUUCGGUUGCCCGAGAAACAGAUAUGAUGACUGUAAAAAUCAGCAAAAAGGUUGUAUCCUUCUCUUGAACAGACAAGCGCAUCAAUUCACUUCAUCACACAUGCACACACACAUUUGCAUGCUGCUAUGGAAAUAUAAUGUAGGUUAGCAGCGGAGUUCUUGGAACUAAAUUUGAGGCUAAUGAGGCUUUUGAGUAAGUAAUAUUUCGCAUUAAAAAGAGAGUUUUUCACAUGAGAAAGAGAAAGAGAAUUAGAUUUAAGAAUGUUUUAGAAUAUUUCACAUGAGAAAGAGAAUUUAAGAUCUUUUAAAAGUGAGUGUGAGAGGCUUUUACUAAACAUAAGGAAAGUAGAGCUGGAUAGAAAAAAUCGUUUGUAAAGGUUGAUAGAUGAUAUAGAUUCUAUGUUUUCAUACUUGGAUAAAACUCACGAUUAUGGAUAUAGCCGGUUUGACAGAAAACUUUUAGUAAUUGAUGCAGUAAGGGACUUGUUUCACAUGAUCAUGAUCACUUGGUUGGAAUGAAAAUAACCUGUAGAAUAUUCUAUAUUCGUUUUAUUCCUCGUAGAUUCAUGGGAAAAUUUGCAAAAUACAUCUGGUCAACUAUGGUUCUUUUUAAAAAAGUCAAUUAUAUCUUAAGAGUCAGAGUUUCAAACUGUCAUAAUGCUUAUGAUGACAAUGUGAGAAGGGCCGAAAUGACAAUGUUUUGGUUUAGCUGAGGAAGACAGGAAGAGAUCGUACACCAAAUAAGAGAAAACCGGUUUUGAAAUAAGGAAUAAAGUCUGUGUGAGCCGUUUAAGUUGGGUUGGAAUAUGCCAAGAAGAUUUUUAGACAUUCUUGUUUGGAGGUAUAGAUAUCUGUCCUUUGGGAAUUCAAAAGAAAGUGACAGUCUAAAGUAAUGAUGCAGAAGCAUUGAAGCAUAAGGGUUUAAAUGUGUUAAAUACGAAAUGAUAAAUGACGGAGUAAAUUGCAGAAUGCAAUCCAUUUUUGAUUACCAAUGGAGAGGGAAUGUGAAAACCUAAUCAAUCAUGGAUUCAUGAGUUAUUCAAAUCACACGAUUGGUAGUGAUGUCAAAAAACCAUUUUGAGCUGAUUGGGGCUCUGCAUGAUCAUCUUCGCUAAAAAAUGUGCUAUAGGGUUUUACUUCCUAAAAAACCGUAAUAUCCAUGCUUCUCUACUAUAGGAUGCUGCUGUAGAUGAUAACACACCCAGCUACUUAGUCUUCCAUAUGUUUUAAGAGGACUUUGUAGAUAUGACAUAUUAUCUUUUGUCAUAGAAUUAAAUCCAAAGAGUAAAUGAGCUCUUGUACAAGAGGAGAGGAGAUAUUAUGCUGGUCAUGAGAUUAAAAAUUGGGGGCACUGUCUUCUUUCAUGCAUUAAUUAUUUUGCAAGAAACAAAGAAGCCUGCAGAAAUAGAUUUUUGUUCCUAAUUUUUCUUGUUUCCUCUCGUUGACAAAAACGACAGGGACAUGAAAACCUCCAGGCUUCUUGAAGGAAAGACAAAAUAUUCAGUCCCAUCCUUUGUAACCUAGAUAGCAAAAUUGUUUUGCACAGGCGUUUUUGGUUCAUACUAUUUUUUCAUGAAUUUUUAUUCUACUGAUUUGGAUACUUUGUCAAGUUACUAUUGGCCUCUAGCUUCUUAUAACGUCUUGCAUGCUAUGACAGGUUUUUAGGCUCUUACAUUGCUAGAGUUAAAAUGUUAAAAUCGAUAAAGUUUUGUUAAUGUUUGCUCUUCUUUCAUCCUCAUGAUAAAUUUUUCUUUCAGGAAAAUUCCGUGGAAAAUUACAAAAGGGCUUCCAAAAUUUUUAACAUUGAUUCUGAAAUGGUAGUCCUUUUCUCCAUUAUGUUUCUUUCUUACAAUGGUGAUUUACAAUUCUUUGGGCCCUGAUCACUGUUUAUUUUACUCCUGUGUGGUUUGUUAGGUCCACAUUUGGGACUUCUCUGGGCAAACUACUCUUAUUUUUAUGAACGAGCGCAAUAAAGUACAUCAGAAUUGCCAACGCCACACUGAUCAAGAGGUGAGGGUUAACAAUCUCUUUAUGGAAUGCCAGUUUCUUUUUUUAGAAUGGUUACGACAAAGUCAGUUGAUAUAUUGUGGAGUCUGUCUGAAUUUUCAAAGUCAGUGGAAUGUCAAGUGAAACAACGUCUUCAGAGAUAAACAGACCCUGAAACUACUAAUACAACAGCACAUAAUUCCUUUUAAUGAAAAAACACUGCCUGCUUCCUGGGAACCAUUCUCUCUGGCACUCACGAGAUGGAUAUCAUUUGGUUGGUCCUCAUAAUUUUUGGUUAUCCUGGCUUCAUGAGGAAAUAGUGACUUAGUUUUUCUAAUAAUUUCUCUCAGAGGUCUAUAUGGAUUCCCAUCACUCUUGGUGAAUGACACCUCCACGCCUGGCUGGCAAUCCUUGCAAAUAAGCUAUCUCAUUUCCAUCAUAAGCUUGGCAACUGAUUAUCAUUCCCUUUUGAAGAAUGAAAGUAAUUUACCUACGAAACAAUGAAAGUAAUUUACCUAUCUAGUCCUUUGCUUUCUUUUUUAUCAAUUUACCGAGGAGGUGAUCUCUCAAAAGGGCAAUCUCUUUUCAAACAUAUGUAUUAUAUGCCUGUCAGCAUCCCAACAAUAUCUGUGCGAACCUUAACAACGUUUUCCACAUUCUACGAGGAUUUGAAUAAUGCACCAGUAUGCUCUCUAUAUGGAGAUGAUGACCCGAGCAGAACGAGAUAUACUUUUUUUGUCUUCCCAUUAGUAAUGAAUGGGUUGGCAUUUUCAGUUAUGAUUUGUAGCAUUGGCGAAAGAUGUACACUUACAAUCAUGGUCGAAGCAACUGAACCAGUCAAAUAUCUAACUAGUUGAUUGAAACGGUUUUGAGUGGGACUAAGGGUUAGUUGAUAUUAACUUUAAAUUUAAAUUUGUUUGGUCUUGGAUUGGAUAAUGCUGAGAGCUAGACAUAUUUGAAUUGAAGCACUCGAAUUUAAAUUUGAAUUCAUAUGCAGGCAUGGUCUUGUAAAUCCAAAAGCAGUGUUACAAUCGACUUAGAUUUUUCCAUUCAGAUGCUCAUGUUCAGUAGCUGAUUUAUAAAUAGAUUGGACUUGUUACUGGCACCAUCUAUUUUUGGAUGGUUAUUUGAAAUACUGUUACUGCUUAUAUGUGGACUGGAACCUUUGCCUGGGUCCAAGGGUCAAGGUUGAUGUCAGAGUUUUGGCUGUUUCCUAGGAAAAGGUGAAGGCAUCUGGGAAGGAGAAUAGUGUGUGUUGAUAGCCAAUGGGGAAAAAUGAGAUGUAUAGUGAAGCUGGUCCCCAGAUAGAUGUCAGGCAAAUAGGUAGGAUACAAGUGAGCCUCCAAAGUUGCUGCUGGACAAUGCAACGAUAACUAUUUACUCUGGGGAAAUAUCAUUUGUUCUUUUUUCUUUAUUGUGACAAUUUGCGGUAGUUAGUGAGUAGUCAGCGAGGUUUAGCUGGGUUGAUGUUCUCAAACCUUGAAGUGUAGAAAGAGUGGUAAAUUGGAUAUCGAAAAGUCUUGAGCGUGACACUGGUAGAAGAGAAAAUGCCGUGCACUAUGGAUGUGGUGAAGUUAAGGAGGGAUCUGUGAUGGUAGAAAUUAUAUUUCUACUUGCUGGUGGUGUUAGGAUAGAAGCAAUAUCUAUGUCUAAAAAAUAGGCAAAGAUGGUGAAGUGGAGGUUGGAACCAUGCGUAUUGGGUUUUUAGGGGUAAGGGGGGAGAAGAAAUUGACUAAGAGAUUGGUAACGUGGGAAUCAUGAAGGUAUGACUUUUGUGUGGGGGGGCUGGCGAUGGGAAAUAGGGGUGUAGCAUAUGUUGGGUUUUAGUUGGUGGAUUUUGUAAUGUAGAUUUUAGAUUAGCAGUGGACUUUAGAUUGGCUUAAGCUUCUACCACCUGCAGUUUGAUGGCGAUCAAGAGAAGGUGCAUUCCAAAAUUUGAGUGGCUCCUAGGGUAGAGGAUCUCCAUUGCGCUCAUUAACUACUAAGUGGAAAAAUCUGAUUCUAGUUGAACAAAAGUUGGGUGGUUUCAUCUUGGGAUCACCUCUGCCUAUCCUCUUUCUGUACCAAAUCAUUCCCUUUCAUUGCUUUAAAUACUAUAGAUUGUCAAAGGCUACUUCCUUUGAUGUUUGAGUUAUUGGUGAAUAGUAAGUAUACGAAUGGAAUAUCAGGCGAAUGGCCUGAAUGCCCAUGACGGUUUUUGCAAUGCUCAUCAGUGACUUUUUUUCGCAUUGCUUGUCAGACAUCAAAUGAACAUCGUGAUAAAUUCAUAGGUUUCCCUCUAAAAUACAAGAUUUUUAGUUUCAGUCGUGUUUAAACGUACUACAUCAUCUGAUAUUUUUUUGUUAAUGCAGAAUCUUCUGGAGAUAUAUGUCUAUGGUUUGAUAGAGACUUUGAUUUGUCAAACUGAACCAAAAAAAGAUGAACUGACAGUCCAGCAACUUAAAAAGGUAUCAUCGCAUGAUGGCUCAUUCCUGUGCAAUGGAAGGACUAGGGAAAUGGACUCUGAUUCUGCCCUUCUCAAUGGCUACUCUCGCUGUGGGUCACUUGAUUCAUUGGGAUUGACAGGAUUGGAGAAUCUUGGCAACACGUGUUUCAUGAACAGUGCCAUUCAAUGUCUAGCCCAUACUCCAAUGCUUGUUGAAUAUUUCCUUGGGGACUACAGUAAAGAAAUAAAUUCGCAAAAUCCUUUGGGGAUGGAUGUAAGUCUAAUGCAGUAUAUGUUUUUUGCCAUUCAAUGUUAUGCUUUAUAAAUAUUUUUAUUUUAAUAUAGUAUCCUAGUAUCCUUCAUCUUCAACAUGGCAGUUUGCUUUAAGGUGGAAUUUAGAGUUCUUAAGUAUCGUAGGAGUGUCUGUUGUUCUGUUCUUGCUGGAAAUUGGGGUUAGGGCAGUGCCUGUUUCAUUGAAAAUCUUAAAUAUACGAAUGGACAGUACUGAGGCAUCUGGUUGUGGCAGCUUGCUUUUCCGAACAAUUUAUGUUUUCCAGAUGGUUCUGGUUCUGUGCUAACAGUUCCAGAUCUUAAUCUAGUUGUUCAUAGAAGGUUACAGUCCGUUUUGCCAGCUUUGUGCUUCACAGGGUUUUAACUUUAUGCCUUGAUUCUAUAUGUGCUUGUCGGAAAUGUCUGUAUGCAAAAUCUAAAUUAACUUGUGCUUCUUGUUCAGGGUGAGCUCGCAUUGGCAUUUGGUGAACUCCUUAGGAAGCUGUGGGCUUCUGGAAAAACGCCAGUUGUACCAAAACUAUUUAAGGCAAAACUUGCUCGUUUUGCCCCCCAGUUCAGUGGCUUUAACCAACAUGAUUCACAGGUUAGGUUAUUUGUUGUUCUCACAGUCUCAUGCUUUCGUGAAAUACAUGAUCCGAAUUGUGUGUUCUUUUUACAUUUACCAAGAUAGAAUCAUUUGUUUUUUGACUAGAUGGUCACAUGGCUGGUUUACAGGAGCUUCUUGCUUUUUUGCUGGAUGGGCUUCAUGAAGAUCUGAAUCGGGUAAAAUGCAAGCGCUAUGUAGAAGUGAAAGAUGCACUUGACAGACCUGAUGAGGAAGUGGCUGAUGAGUACUGGGAGAAUCAUCUUGCACGCAAUAACUCUAUCAUUGUUGAUAUCUGCCAAGUAAGUGUCUUUCUUUGUUCUCCCAUGUUCUUCUUAUCUCUAAUUACUGCACCUUAUGUUUUUAAAGUUUCAUAGGAUGAUUCCGCCCUUAGCUUCAUAUUAUGGCUAUCAGGGAUUUCAUUUUUCAGGAAUCAGCUGAAGUAAAUUUUUGUUACAUAAAGAGGACUGCUUUAAGUACGAAAAUAUUGUCGGACCAAGCAUUCUGCUUUUGUUAAAUGCUUCACCAUUAAGAUUUUUGAGAUAGUUUAGAUUUCAGAAUUUGUGUUGUGAUAAAUUGAGUCUGGUCAAUUGCAGGGCCAGUACAGAUCAACUUUAGUUUGUCCCAUUUGCAAGAAGAUAUCUGUUACGUUUGAUCCAUUCAUGUACCUGUCCCUGCCACUUCCCUCAACAACAAUGCGAACAAUGACUGUAACAGUUUUCAGCGCUGAUGGCAGUGCUAAACCAUAUCCACAUACAGUCACAGUUCCUAAACAUGGGAAAUGCAGGGAUAUAAUUGAUUCCCUUGCUGUUGCAUGUUCGCUAAAGGAUGAUGAGAGCCUUUUACUCGCUGAGGUACAUGAUCUAAGAGAAUAAGUUGAGAUAUGUUAUAAACUUGUAUCAUUUUGUGUAUUUCCUUCAAAACCUUUUUGUUUAUUCCACAUAUCUCUCGCUAAUGCGUUGGCUAGCUUUAAUCAUGAUGGAUCUGUCUCACAGGUGUACAAUAACAGGAUCAUCCGUUAUUUAGAUGACCUGUCUGAUUCAAUUUCUUUGGUUAGAGAUGAAGACAGGCUUUCAGCUUAUCGGCUAGUGAAAGAUCUUAAUAAAGGCCCAAUAAUAGUGUUUAUGCACCAGCGUGAGGAGUAAGCAUCAUACAUGGAUGUCUCUCAUUGCAUUAUGUCUUAUUUCUUUAAUGCGAACCUCUUUCGUUCGUUUUGUUUGUGAGCUAUCAAGAUAUUUCUCUAUUGUUCUGUUUUAUAAAUUUAAUAAUAAAUUCAGGAGAAGUUUCAGUGAACUGGUGCUGUGCAUUAAGCAUCGUGUGUAGAUCCUAUUGAGAAUUUUCGAUGUUGCUCGAUCUUGUCCAGAUCUAUAUUGUCAGUACUACAUAUAGUGUAUCUCAUGAUCUUACUGAAGCACACAAAGGAGAACGGUGUAACAAACGUUACUAACUGAAUAAAUAACUAACUGAUUAAGGCCUUCCAUUGAUCCAACCUCAGGAUAGAGGAAGAGUUUUUCAGUUUUUAGAUAUUGAUCAACUCUUUUCGAUAAAUUGCAGAGAUAUCACCUCACUCUGUAAUAUACGUUUGUCUUCAUUUAUCUAUCCCUGUGGGCUACAAAGUCCCAUGAAGUAUAAUUGGCUUUACUUCUUUACGUGGGAAUGCUGGUGUCUAAUUGGUGAUUGUUUUGUAUAUUUGUCUAGAUUAUCCACUGAGUACCAGUAGCCUUAUUAACCACUACUGAAUUGCAUUAUUUCUGUAAUGUACGAAUACGACUAUCAUAUUAAUGUGUGUGGCACAAAACAAACGAGCGUGUGAUAGUUUGUUCUUGAAAGUUUUUAUUGCGGAGAAAUUUUUCUUUUCUAAGGAAUAACCUUGGAAGAGGAAAAUUACCUUAUAUCAUCUAACUUUGCGACUAUUAAUUUAAGGAGGGUGGUGCUGGUUGACGAAGGACUAUUUCGGAUCUCCAUGUUCUUAUUCUCUGAUUUUUCAUAUGUUUAAGUUUUUUUCUCUGCACUUAUAUCUGCUGUACUUGAUGUGACAACCAAAAUGGCACAAUCCUAGUUUGAUACCGUCCCAUCGGGGCACCUUGUUUUGUUGUAGUGCAUGAAAUAUGUUGUGUAGUGAAUUUUGUCCGCCUGCAGCCACAAUAUUUCAGUCUUUGACCUUGCUUGAAAUCAUUGCAAAUUAGAUGAUGUAAACGUUUUAAUGGGUGCUUCAAUACCUGUUAGACAGUUGAAUUUUAUCCAGUAACCAAUUAGAUCCAUUACUGUUGACGCAUUCAAUCUAUAGUUUUCACAUGGAAUCUUCAGUGUAAUGAAAUCUCCUAUGGUUAUCUACUCCAAGGACUUCAUCGAUUGGGAAUAAUAUGGUUUUUGACAAAAGGGUCAUUAUUACUUGUUUUAAUACUGCCGGAGAUAUCAUCCCCUUUCAGUUUUCUACCCACAUGGAUUUUGUACCUUUACAGUGUUGAAAUUCCUUGUCUUCUGUUGGCUUAUUUGCGUAACCCCACAAUUUAUUCUACCCAUGAAGUCCGCAAGCUGUUCAUUGAUGCUUGUUGCAUUUGCCUCCUAUAAACAUUCCUGACUUUUAAAAAGAUUUGGCAGAUCUUUGUUAACCUCUGUCUCUCAGAAACUGAUGUUCCAAGUAAAGUUAGACUAAACUUUUUGAUGAGGACCCAAUUUCACUCUUCACUUGUUUUUUGAGAUGGAGGCCAAAUGUGAAAUCCCACAAGUUUUUCUCCUCUUCCCUACCACAGAAAAAAUGGAUGUCUGCAUUCGCCCUUAUUUAAAUCUUUAUUUUAGGUCUCCUUACCCAUAGACUGGGCCAACUGGAUUGAGCACGCCUGGUCCAGUCCACACAGCAAUUGUCCCCAGCAUUGUUUACUUGUGCUGUCAUGUUUUUACACUCAUCAUUUUAGUUUAUUCACUACACUGUUAUUCUCAAGAGGGGGGCUUCUGAAACGAAUAAAAUAUAGAAUUUUUAGAUAUGGGAAAAGUUAUGCUUCUUAUCUUUGAAGGAUUGACUCAAAGUAAAAAUCCUGGUUGAGAUUACUCUUACAGCCAUCCACCAGGGAAUUACCAGAGCAUUAGCCAAAACUGAUAUUGAGAUGAUUGACUCACCUUCAAGCCCUAGUGAUUCCAAUAGGUGAUUGAAGUUUGGAAAGCCAUGAUUUCCUUCCACUGCCUUCUGCUACAUUACGCAACUUAUGUUUCAUCUUCUUUUGUAGACGCAUUCUUUCAGCUCCCAAACUGCAUAUUGGUGUUAACCCAAUCUCUUUACUGCAUAAAAAUCCAUCAAGAAAGCUUAGAAUCAGAGAGCCUUCUCAUCUCCCUCUCAUAGACUUGUCCUUUCCCUUUCCAGUUGGUCACAUAAUCCCGAACACCAGAUUCCUGUAUAAAUCCAGCAGCACGUGUCCAUCAUUUCCCUUUGCUUCGAUUUCAGCUGAAUAUAGCCAUUCAUCAGAUACAACUGAAUUCAUUUUUUCCCCAGCCCUUUUUAGUCUCUCAGCUUUGUGUGCCCGUCACUUUCACACCCUUUGCCUGAAUCUCAAUCAUUUAUUCUACCAGUUCUGGCAUGCCUAGGAUUUUCAUAGUCCUCUGAGGUUUUUUGAGGAAUAUCUUUGUUAUAAGCAUUUGCUGCCGUGAUAGGUCGCAAUCUGACUCUUUAUUUCCUAUUCUAUAACCUUUUCUUUCCCCUUUCCUUACAUUUUCCUGCACAAAUGGUUUUUUCCUUCACUCUACCCAUUUUCACGGCUUCCAUACCGCCUCAAAGGUACGUUGCCACUCAUUUACUCAUUCUGCGUAUCAGUUGCUUAGAAAUUCGAUUUAUUGUGUUAGUAUGCUGUGACUACUUUUAAAUACAGAUGAAAUCGUCUGUAAAGUGUUUUAAAAGGUUUUGUUUGUUGGCCAUUGCUUUUGUUAAACCUAAAGUACAUUUGCAUGCUAAUAGUUCGUGCCACUAAAAGCCUAGAAUAAUUAUGCAUCUUCGAACCAAUAAAACAAUUAUGAGAACUGUAGGCCUAUCAUUUUAUGUCAAUUGCUUUAAUUUGAAUUUAUGUUACUGCCUUCGUGUUGCAUUGCUACAGUUCCCCUUCUCCAACCAAAGAAAAUGAUUGCAGAAUUAAAAGAUAGAUUUCGUAGGAUCUGUUGUGGGAUCUAUUGUGGGAUCCUAUGUCCUAUAAGAUCUAUUGACAGAACCUCUUAUAUGUGUCUGAAAGUGAUUCGCAUCGUUUUAAUCUAGGAAAUAUACAUUUUUAUGAACUUUGGAAAUAUGUCCACAUCACAAUUUAUUUUGAUUUUGAUGUUUUGAUCUUGUCACUGUAAUUGGCAGGAUUUCCAUUGAUGGCAAGAGGACAUAUCAGCAAUUUGGAGUUCCCCUUGUGUCAAAAUUAUCUGAUGAUGCUAGUGGAUCUGCUAUCCAGAAUCUCUUUCUGGAAUUAACAAAUCCAUUUCUAAAAUCAAGCGGUGACCUGCUUGACAUGGGGAAGAACGACCAAGGCUAUUGCAAUGGUGAAGUUGAUGAUGUAGACACUCGUUCUCCUCUGCCAGAAUGUACCAGUGCAGUUGAGGUGGUUGAUGUAGGGUCAUGUGCUGGGAGUAAAUUACUGUUUUACAUCACAGACCAGAAGGGUCAGGCGAUGCAGUCCCAGAUUGAAAUAGAUGAGAUAAUUUCAUCAGCCGAUUCACAGAAGGAACUGUAUGUGCUUGUGUGUUGGUCGGAUGAAAUCAUUAAACGUUAUGAUGCUCAGCUACUAGGUUCUUUACCAGAAGUUCGCAAGUCUGGGUUGUUGCGAAGGCAGCCUCAAGAGACUAUUUCUCUCUAUUCGUGUCUUGAAGCUUUCCUGAAGGAGGAGCCACUUGGACCAGAGGACAUGUGGUGAGUACAGCCCGGAAAUUAUAUCAAUUCCUUUUCUGACGCGUAUCUCCUUUAGCUUGCCCCCCUUAUUGCCGCCACAUGAUGUUAGAUUGCCAUUUUGGUUGAAUAAAAGACCAAGCAGUGAUAUCGGGAGCAAACUGAGUCGUUCAUCAUAUUCUGCUCGUUUCCAGUCAUUCUGCUCUUUUACAAGAGCAAAUCGAUUGCAUAUUAUUUGCCAUUCGUAGGGCUUGUGGAACCAUGUCUUGAUGAAUAUUGCCUGAUAAUAAGCCGCAUUAGGGAUGAAGGUAUCAAGAUCUGCUACCUAUUUUGACUGAUUGUCGAGAAAGUAGGGAACAUUAGUAAGCAUACGGUCCCAGGAGUUUCUCAAGGAAACAUUAGCAUGUACCGCUUAGAAUGCUUCCAUGCUUGCCGCAGUGGAAGAACUUGUGAUUGCUGAGAAAGUACUUCGCACAAGGUUUUGUUGGGGUAGGGAUGAUUUGGUUUUUUUCUUUGUCCCCUUUCCCUCUUCCCUCUUCCCUCUGGGAAUAAUCUUUGCAUUCAAUCUGAUCAACCCACGUAUUGCAUUCAAUCUGGUCUUUUCCCAUUGAGCUUUAGAGUGAUAUCGGAUUGUUUGAUGGUGUCUUGGAGCAUGACUGUCUUUGGAUUCGCGAAAAUAGCUGACUCCCCAUUUUCUCUCAGGUACUGUCCCUCGUGCAAGGUGCACCAACAGGCAAGCAAGAAACUAGACCUCUGGAGGCUACCAGAGAUCCUCGUCAUUCACCUGAAGAGAUUUUCCUACAGCCGCUUCACAAAAAACAAGCUGGAGACGGUGGUUGACUUCCCUAUACACGAUCUCGACCUGUCGUCCUACGUGGCUCGCAAGAACGGGCAAGAUCCCUACAUUUACGCGCUCUUCGCCGUGAGCAAUCAUUAUGGAAGUAUGGGAGGCGGCCAUUACACCGCCUUUGUUCACGUAAGUUGCCCCGCCGAUUCGCUGUUCUACACACGACUGGACUUGGUGAAUUGCACUUUUCCCCUCCGACCCAACGCAUCUCUUAACUUCUUGAAAUCAAUGAAGAACCAGAGAGAGUAACAGUUGGGAAAUAACGCAUGUUUUGCAGAUCCGUAGGCCCUCACUAGGCCUGGUCUGAUCUUUCGCAUCUUCCUCUCUAGUCUUUGACCCCUUUCCAGAUCGGUCCGCAGAGGUCCAAAAAACAGAAACAGCUCUGGGUUCGAUAGUCUGAUUGGAAUUCUGCGUCUUCCUGUGGAUUAACUCAACACCCCCAUUUCCCCCCUUUGCGUUGCGCUCUCAGCAUGCAGGUCAGAACCGCUGGUUCGACUUCGACGACCGGAGCGUCGUCCCCAUGGCGGAGGGCGGCGUGAAGAGCUCGGCGGCUUACGUUCUCUUCUACAAGAAAGUUCCAGCGGCGGUCCCGGGCUCUUGA